AUGGAAACUCUCGUCAGCUAUGGUGUCACCUACCUGAUAACGAAUAACUCCACCCUAGCAACCGUCGUUGCGGCUGUCUACGGGCUCUUCCUCAAAUCAUCCACAAAACGUCUCUCCGUCCGCGCGAUUCUACUAUGCCAAUCACCGGAAUACUCCUUGACCAAAACAGAUAUCGACGGAUUUUUAUCUAGCUCGUACGGAAGAGAUAUUUGCGAGUGGUCAUGCACACGCGCCUCCGUUGACGAAAAUUACGAAGGACCAGCAAAGAAAGCGGUUCAUAUUAGUCUUGAGCACGAAAGCAUGCUGUACGAUGACACACUUCGUGAGCUUCCAAUUCGUCAACUAUGCAGACUGCUCGUUGGCUUGCAUACGUUCAAAGAACACCGCUUCCGGAUCGUGCCUGAACGGGCUGGCGAGGGUCUAGAUGAUAUUGGUCAGCUUUUUGGUGGCUGUCUGGUAUUGAUGCAUUUGAAGGAUAUAUAUGAACGAUGUCUCCGGGAUGAUUCGGGUGACGAUGGACGCUACCCUGAGGAGAGAUAUAUUAGUCUGUUUCAGAAGUUCGCAGACGAGUACGGGGCGUAUAUGGAGUCUUUGUCAGAUGAACAGGUUGUUGAGAUUCUUGGUGGUAAUGAUGAUCCAAGGUUCAGGAGUAUGCUCAAUGAGCUUAGAAAAAGGUAUACGAAGAGGGCGUUGAGGAAACAAUGA